AUGACGCGUGGUAAUCAGCGCGAGAAGGCGCGCGAGAAGGCCCAGAAGAAACUACAGGACGCCGCCAAGGGCAAUAAGAAGGGUGGCACAACACUCGCUCGCGAGAAGGAGAGCAAUGCAGAGAUUAUGAGGAAGAAGCAAGCAGACGCAGAUGCACGACGUGCAGCGGAAAAGGCGGCUGGGACAUAA